ACUGACGCGUGUCUCGGCAGGCCGAAGCCGGCGUCGGCGCGUCUGCAGGUGCCCGGCCCGCCGCCGGCCCGCGCCGCCGAGCACACGCUCUCUCCGCUGCGCCGCACCCACCAGCGCUCGCGCAGCGACGCGGCCGCCAGCUACUCCAAGAGCCACCAGCGCACGCCCAGCACAGGCAGCAUGCGCUGUUACCUGGGCGACGUGAGCUCGGGCCGCGCCUUCGACAGCGGCUGCACCUGCUACGACAGCCACGAGGGACAGUGUAACGACCUGCUGGGCCGCCACGUGCAGUGCCACUGCGGGGCGCCCCGUCUGCGGCCGCAACUGGAGUUCAUCAACGCGCUCAUCUCGAUCGGGCAGCGGCUGGGCGCCAUGCCGACGCGCGAGGCGAAAACCACCCAGCUGCUGAACGAGCUGAGCCUGCUCAACCUGAACUUGCCGGCGCGCGUCUGGCUGCCGCUGCACAGCGCCGGCCACCACGUGGUGCGCAUCCCGGCCCAGGCGGCCGCCGUCCUCAACUCGAAGGACAAGGCGCCGUACAUGCUGUACGUAGAGGUGGUGGAAGUGGACCGGCCAGAGACGGCGCCCGUGCCAGCCAAGUGCAUCAACACGCUGCGCCACACGCGCUCCGAGGAGAGCCUGGAGAAGGCGGCGGCCGCGGCCGGCGCGCCCUCCCUGCCCACCACCUUCAGCCUGUACGGCAACAUGGACGCCGACAACGCCGACUGCUGGAGCCAGGAGGACGACGACAUCUCGCAGCAGUACUGGCAGCUGCGCAAGGCGGGCCGGGACGCGGAGCGCGACACGCUGUCGCAGAUGUCGCAGGAGUCGGCCGACAGCCGCGAGCCGGUGCUGAUCGCGCCGGGCGACAUCCGACGCCGCCUGGCCGACAGCCUGGCCGCGCCGCGCUCCACGUUCGCGCGCGACCCGGACGACCCGUCGGCGUCCGUGCUCAAGGAGCCGUGGGCGGAGAAGGAGCGGCGCAUCCGCGACGGCUCGCCGUACGGCCACCUGGCCGGCUGGCGCCUGAUGCCGCUCAUCGUCAAGUGCGGCGACGACCUGCGGCAGGAGCUGCUCGCCUACCAGCUGCUGGAGACACUGCGCCGGCUCUGGCGGCUGGAGCGCGUGCCGCUGUGGGUGCGGCCGUACCGCAUCCUGGUGCUGUCGGCCGACUCGGGCCUCAUCGAGCCCGUCGUCAACACGGUGUCGCUGCACCAGGUCAAGAAGAACAGCCGCAUGUCGCUCAAGGAGUACUUCCUGCAGGAGUUCGGUGACGUGAACAGCGAGGCGUUCCUGACGGCGCAGCGCAACUUCGUGCAGAGCUGCGCCGCCUACUGCCUCGUCUGCUACCUGCUGCAGGUGAAGGACCGCCACAACGGCAACAUCCUGCUGGACAGCGCCGGCCAUCUCAUCCACAUCGACUUCGGCUUCAUGCUCUCCACGUCGCCCAAGAACCUGGGCUUCGAGGCGUCGCCGUUCAAGCUGACGCCCGAGUUCGUGGAGGUGAUGGGCGGCCUCGGCUCCGACAUGUUCGAGUACUUCAAGAUCCUGAUGCUGCAGGGUCUGGUGGCCGCCAGGAAGCACCACGAGAAGCUGCUCACGCUCGUUGAGAUCAUGCGGUCAGGUUCUCAGUUGCCCUGCUUCCGCUCGGGCGCCGCCACCGUCCAGUUUCUGCGCAACCGCUUCCACAUGAACAUGACGGAGGAGCAGCUGCAAUACCUGGUCGACUCGAUGGUCGAGUCCUCCAUCCACUCGCUCACCACCAAGCUGUACGAUGGCUUCCAAUACCUGACCAACGGCAUCUUGUAGCGCUGGCCGCGCGCCGCCCACCGACGCAUUUACACGGGGGACCAGAGCCGGCCGCCGCCGCCGGCGGGACGGACGCUCGUGCGCCGCGGACGGCCGCACGGGACGCGUGCUGCGUUGCCACGAGUCAGACACGCAUGUGUACAUAGUUUGUAUACUCAUCGCCCCUGUUGACAUGUUACCGCUUUUGAUUCAGACGAUGUAAUAAAAGUGAUAUUGUUG